GUCGAUUUUCUAUUCAAAAAGGUUCUUUUGCUCUCUGUAACACAUUGGAAUCAUGUAAACCAUCUCAUUCUCGCAAUGCCUCGAUCCGAAGAGGCUGCCUCGUGGUAUACCAUGGUCUACAGAGCCGUGCAGCAGAUUCCGCCUGGGUCUGUGACCUCUUAUGGCCAUAUUGCGACAUUAUUGGGGUACCCGUGAGUUCUCGUAGGACAGCACACGAUCUAUGCGACAGGAGCUCAAUCGACACGAACAGCGAACGACCACGGUAUGAGGUACGCGCCCUCGAUGCCGGACUGGCUUCCUGACUCUGUUCCAGCCAGGUCGGCAUGUGCCUGAAAUACCUGCCCUCCGCUACAGACCAGCCGGACGCUCGCUACAACUGCGAUACGGUCCCUUGGCAGAGGGUGAUCAAUUCAAAAGGAAGCAUCAGCCAACGGCAAGUCUUGCUCGUCAUGGCGGGUUCCCUCUACAGAAGUGUGCAGCUGACAGAGCUCAUCAAGAGGGACAAAUGGGGCGGCUGAUCAGGAAACCGCCUUACUGGCAGAAGGUGUGGAAGUCGGCCGUGGAUCUCUAGGCGAACGAACUGUCGACUUUUCUAGCUAUGGCUGGUUCCCAGAAAUCCUACCCAGCGACGCCGAUGACGAGCAACAACAACAACAAGAGAGCAUGAACGCAUGAACCGCGAUCAUCGUUCUUGAACGCCCUCGAAUGCGCUGGUCCUGGCUGUCUGAUCUCUACGAGGGGAGCGAGGGCGCUUGUAUCGGAGGUCAGCAGACGCGGCGCUCCGUCGAAUCAAGCCUUCACGUGUUCACGAUACUGUCAUGUGGAACAUCAUGGCGGUCCCUUCCGCUCUCGUCCCGAUUUGGUACGAGGCACGGACGUCAUCGCCACACCCACACAGCCUACAGCUGGUUCUGCGCGUCGGCGGCAACUUCAUCAUUCUCACGGGACACAGGCCUGGCAUGCUUGCUGGCUGGCUGGCUGAAUUUGCCCCGAGGCAGUCUCCGUAUGCCAGUGAGCAAGCCACGUUCCUGAACCUCCACGGUCAUGACGAAACGGACAGCGUGGUCGUAGAUUGCCCGCGCGUCGCGGCUUGCUGCUUAUCGCUGCUUUCCCCACAUCCGGAAUAGCCAUACCUCCUAUGACUGACCUGGAUAAAGGCACCUGUCCUGCUUUGUUGUUGUUAUAGGCCUGCUUACUCUGACUGUACAACACUGCUCUAUUCACGUAUUGAAAGUGCACCUUCACGACCGCUUCCCAAACGAAACAACCGUCAACUCCUCCAAGAACUGACACCGGCAACCACAAACAAGACAGAUUCGAGCUUCCCGUCGCCUCGACUCAUCGCGCCUCGUGACUCAGCUCAGCUCCACGAGUCACCUGCACGUUCGCAAUCAGCGCUCCUGCUGUCUUUGACCAAGCUGUCACUUCUUUGUUUGUCUCUAUUGACGAGAGGCCUGUCACCAGCUGCUGCUCUUCUUUCUCCGUACCAACAAUCACCUACAACCCCCUCUCAAUUCUAGCCUCCCCAUCAGCGAUAUCACCACGGUGUCCAUUCAGUUUCCCCCAGAAGCCCCAGCGAUAUCAAGGCUUACCACGCACACUCGAAUCGUCACAGCCUUAUUGCAUCUGCAAAACGCAGAGACUCGCCAUCAUGUCCUCUGAGCAGACCCUCUCCAACGCUGACCUCCGCGCUACUGCUCAAGACUACAAGCGCGAUGCAUCUCACAAGCAUAAGUGGGCUCUAGGCUCCACUGGAGGCCCGGGUCGUGCUGUUGAGAAGCCAAGACCUUAUCGUCCUUCUGAGACCGAGUUCAGCUUCAAGCGACGUGAGAACAAGGGCGCGGUGGCCUCACUUGCUCACGGCGCCAAGGUGGCUCGCAAGCAUGACAUGCUCGAGGGUGCAGCCAUUACGGACGACUCAUCUGCCAGCAACUCCGACGAAUACGACGAGACGCCUUCCCCACCUGUCGAUGCCGGUGUCACCUACUCGUUCGAUGCUGCCCGCUCGCCUAGCAAGGGUAGCCAGAUCCUCAACGUGGCGCUCGCCAAGGCAGUCGAGAAGUUUGAGGAGCGUGAGACUGUCAAGUUGGUCAAGAGCGAGUAUGAGAUGCUGGAUGCAGAGGGUGAAGCCAUGGUCAUGAGCCCAGACAAGCGCAAGAAGGGCAAGAAGUCCGACCUCGGUGGUCUUGUCAUCCUUCGCAACGCCGAUGAGGAGGAGUAUGAAUUCGUUUAAGGUCCGCAACUCCGGAUAGACGGACGCAUUUGCAUGUACGAUGAACGGCAUGGGGACUGUAUACGGGAGUUCAUGGCAACGACCAUUAGGCACACACACCCUCUCUCUCUCAGGAUCGACACUUUCCUCAAACAUCCUUGACGGCGCGAACCCGUCAAUAGCAUUAGGAGCGGAGCUUACUUGUUUUAUCAUCAUACUUAUCGGCAUGGUCAUGAGAAGGACAGCCAGAGCCUACCCUCUGGCCAUGGCGUUCUUCGAGGACAUGAACUGCGAAGAUACCCUAUUAGUGCGGCGUGAAGCUGCUUAGCUUUAGCGAUGAAUGCACGAACGUACGCGCUCUUGGUCAGUGGACCAGCAGCGUAAUCACA